AUGAAGUUCCUCAAGGUCGGCAGAGUCGCCAUCAUCACCCGCGGCAGAUACGCCGGUAAGAAGGUUGUCAUCAUCCAGCCCAUCGACUCGGGUAACAAGUCGCACCCUUACGGCCACGCCAUCGUUGCCGGUAUCGAGCGCUACCCUUCCAAGAUCACCCGCCGCAUGUCCAAGACCCGCCAGGAGAAGCGCUCCAAGAUCAAGCCCUUCAUCAAGGUCAUCAACUACAACCACUUGAUGCCCACCCGUUACACCCUGGAGCUUGAGGGUCUCAAGGGUUCCGUCACAAACGACACCUUCAAGGAGGUUACACAGCGGGAGGAUGCCAAGAAGAACGUCAAGAAGGUGCUGGAGGAGCGCUACACCAGCGGCAAGAACAGAUGGUUCUUCACCCCUCUGAAGUUCUAA